GUUUUUGAUGAACGAACUAAUGAACUACAAGCUCUAACGAGAUUGACCGGUAGCCAUGUUUCAACCGCGAUGCAACAAGUGCAUUAAGGAUGCGGAUGCAGGACUGCUGCUAAGCAUAACGCGAUGUCAGCAUAUACUUUGCAGCCAGUGCAUCAAAACAAGCAACGACAAAAACAGGUGUCCGAUUUGCAUGGCAGAGCUAAAAAGCGUGCCUAUCAAUCGCAAUAUGCCUCACAAUAUCUCCCAUUAUUUUGACAAUCCCAGCAAGUAUCUGAAGCUAUACAGAGAUAUUAGUCGAUUUCAAAUGGAACAGCGUGCCUACACCUACAAUCACUAUGCCACACAAGAGCUUCAUGCUAAGGAGAGGAAGUCUGAGCUGCGAGGCUAUCUUAGGUUGGAUGAACAAAUAUGCAAGAAGAUUGAAAUUGAAAAGAAGCGCAUUAAAGAGCUGCGUAACUACAUUGAUUCUUCAAAAAUAUCAUUCGCAAAAGGGAAUGUAUGUCGUCCACGCACUCCCACGUUCAGCACCACAGACACUAGUAGUUCUCCUACUGAAUGCGAAAGUAAUUUAGGCGAAAGCUUUACUAUGGAGCAUUUAGCGAAAUUGUUUAAUAAGGACAGACGCUGA